UAACCUAAAAAAUGGUGGGGAACGGACUUACUUAAUAACUUUUGUGGCUCAUUACAAUUUUAAACUGACAACUUAUCUCUCGCUAAUCACGAAAAUUUUUACUUCUGUCAUCCAUAAACUUGGACACGUACGUGGCGGUUGAAGAAUGUGCUGACGAAGUUUAUUUUUGAAUUUUAUUUUAUUUGCGCCUUGUGUUGAAUAAGUUUUGCUGCAGCAGAUAAUUAAUAAUUAAAAUGGCUGGUACCUAUAAACAGAGAGAUUUUAGAGCUGGAAUUGAAGACCAGAGUCUUAUCAAUGAAUUGGCUGCACGAAAAAUAGUAGUAAGGGAACCAGUUAGACUAUCUCCUGGUUGGGAAGGUACAGAUAAACCAGACGACGAGUUGAAUUUCCGAAGUCUGACAAUGGACCAAGUGGACCUGGAAUUGAAUCCUCCGAAGGAUAGACUUAAUAUAGUAUUUAUUAUUAUGGUACUUCAUGGUAUUGGAACCCUUAUGCCUUGGAAUAUGUUUAUCACUGCUAAGGAUUACUUUGAAAAUUAUAAAUUUUCAAUCAAUUACACGGGUGUUAAUACAACAUACGGAGGAAAUUAUGUAUCUAGUGUCAGCUUUGCAGCCCAAGUUCCCAAUGUUAUUUUUAACUGGAUUAAUAUUUUUAUGCCCCUAGGGGGAGAUUUGACCACUAGAAUUGUAUGGGGAAUUUUUAUGCAAGUACUGAUAUUUGUUGAAACAAUUGUAAUGGCUAUGAUUGAUACAUCCGGUUGGCCAGGAGUUUUUUUCUGGAUUACUAUGUUCUCAGUUGUUGUUCUAAAUACUUUCAAUGGUAUUUAUCAGAACUCAGUGUAUGGUAUGGCAGCGAAAUUACCUGGAAAAUAUACCGGUGCUGUUGUAUUGGGAUCUAAUAUUAGUGGAACUUUUACGGCAGUAAUUAACCUUGUAUCUAUAUUGUCGACGCCAAGUCUCAGAACUGCAGCUAUUUACUACUUUUUGACGGCACUUUUCGUUCUAUUGGCGUGUUUCGACACUUAUUUUGCGUUACCAAUAAACAGAUUUUAUCGAUAUCAUGAAAUGUUGUUUCAAAAAGAGAAACAGAAAAGAGAGUUAGAAACGAAGUCAAAAAUUCAUGGGAAAACGCCAUACUGGACAAUAUUCAAACAGUGUUUUCCACAAUUGUUUAAUAUAUUUUUCAUUUUCUUCGUUACUUUGAGUCUGUUUCCGGCAGUUCAUUCUAAUAUUCAAAAAUCAGAUCCACAGUUCUUAGUAGAGGACAAAAUUUACGUCAGUGUCAUGUGUUUUAUGACCUUUAAUAUAACUGCUAUGAUUGGUAGCUCCAUCGCUUCUUACGUGCAAUGGCCAAAGAAAGAGUGGCUGGUAAUUCCAGUUGUAAUGCGCGCAUUGUUUAUUCCCCUAUUUUUAUUCUGUAACUAUCAGCCACCGAAUGAAUUCGUAAGAACUUUACCAGUUUACAUAAACAACGACUGGGUUUAUUUCGUAAUCGCAGUGAUAAUGGGCCUCAGCAGCGGCUAUCUUUCGUCUCUCGGUAUGAUGUACUGCCCAUCAAUGGUCGAUUCUCGAUACGCAUCUACCGCGGGAAUGUUUGCCGCCGCGUUUCUCAUCACCGGAAUUUUCACUGGAGUUCUUUUCGCCAUGGCCAUGCCGUCAGUAGUAUCUCUGUCUUUGUGGGGAUGAUUGAAAGUUCUUUACACUUUUGUAUUGAAAUUAAUACUCACUAGAUUUGCUGAUGGAUGACUGAAGUAAGAAAUUUAAUGAGUAAUCAUGACAGUACACGGUGUUCAUAUAUUAAUUAUUAUUGACUACAUUAUUUUAUUUUAUAUCAAUAAUUAAUUUCAGUGGCAUUCAUCAUGUAAUUAUAUACUGUAAUAAUUAUUUAGUAAUCGACACACUGACCCUUUGAUUUAUUUUUUUAUUUUUUCAGUAAAUAUACAUAUACUUUUUUUUUUUAUUUUUAAUUAUAGAAAUUUUUAUAUUUAUAAAAAUGUUUAGAUAAAAAUCAAGGGGUCAGUAAUUAAUUAAUUUCAAUAAUUGUAUACUAUAUUGACUUUGGAUAAUCAAUGGAAUGAUAAAAAGCUCAGUAGUUUUAGUGCAAAAAAUUACAAGGUUCGUUUUCAGCAAAAAUCUUAUGUCUGAAUUUACCAAAAUGCCUUUUUAAAAUACCGUUUAUAUUAAAAUGGCUUAGUAAUAAUAAUUGUUUACUUGCCAUACGGUUAAUUAUGCCACCGUUACAACACAUUUUAUCGGACCAAUAAGCCUUAAGUAAAUACUGAGUACUCUUUAUUAAUUAAAGCCGCUUUAAAUUCGAGCACACGCUUUUUUAAAUAAUUGUAAUUAAACAUUUUUUAUCUAAUCAAUUUUUUUAUGUAAACAUUUAUGAGAAAAAAGGCUACAAUUAUUUUAAGUUAAUUUUUUUUUAUCUACGAUCAUAUAAAUAAUUUUUAUUUUACAUUAAUUUUAAUACGUUUACGUAAUUAAAUGCAAAUAUUAAAUGUUAUACAGUAAUUAUGAUAUAAACGUUUUUUUAUCAUCUUUAUAAUCAUUAAUUUAUUGUUAAUUAAAUAUUAAAGAUGUAUUUUUUCUAUAUAAAAAAAAAGUGUUGAGCAAUUGAAGACUUAAUCAAGUAAUCAAAAUGAUUUUUAUACUUUUUUUUAUUGUCAUUACAAUUAAACUCGCAGAUUGAGGUUUGAAAUAAAUUCGAUCGCUGACUCAUACUUUUAUUAUAAUUAAUUUUAAAUUUUAAAAAUAAAUUUAUUGAUAAUGUACAAAGGAUUUUCUCUCGGAAAUCUUAUUUAAAUAGAUACUUUUUUAUAUUAUUCGGUAGCUUUUACAUACAUACAUAUAUAUUUAUUAUUUAAUGCGUAUAUUUAUGUGUAUUUUUAUUUAUACAAGUUAAUUCAUUUUAGUAAUUAAUUAUAUUUAUAUAUUUUACGUGACAAUAUGUGCUGAGGACAUUCUUAGACAGUGCCCCCACUUUUUAAAAAUUUUCAAUGACUGAAAAUUUUUAAUUAAUUUUAAAAAAAUUGAAGCGUUAAUUGAAAAAGUCAACGUAAUUACAAUUUUGCCAAAUUGUAGAUUUAAAAAAAAAAAUUACAGCUAUCAAUUAGGAAUUAAACGAAAUUUGGUAAUAAAUUUUACCCAAAUUUGACUUUUGAAUUAUGGAGACAUGAAAAUUUUACUGAAAUUUAUUUAACUAAUUUCGGUAAUUCCUAAUUUGUAAUUUUUUUUUAAUUUUUGCCGCCAAAUUGUAAUUACGUUCGGUUUUCAUUUAAUGCAGAAUUUUUUUUUUAAUUAAUUAGUAUUUGAAUACUAUGACAAUUUACACUGUAAAAAAUUUUCGGUGAACGCGGAUUACAUCCGGAGUUACUGCGGAGCGAAUGACUUUAUUUAAUCCCCUAAAAGUAAAAUUCACUUUGAAGGGGAGUUUAUUUUAAUAUUAAAACUCUGAAUCAGAGUAAAUGCGGAUUUAAAUAAAAUCCAGAUUCCGAAAUCACUCUAGAGAAACAAACUCCGAAUUUACUUCGUAUGCAGUGUAAUUUUUUUUUAAACUCCGGAACUCCGAGUAAAUUCACAUUUGAAUAAAAUUCAUAAUUACUCCGAAUUCACUCCCGAUUUUUCUCGAGUACGAUCAUUGAAUAUUUCAAAAAAUGGGAUGAGGGCAUUGUCUAAGAAUUUUUUUAAUUGAACAAAGAUGUAGUAAAAAUUUUGCCGGGAAAUACAUUUUUAAAAAAAUUACUCACACUCAUCAUUUAAAAGUUAACCGAAAUUCGGAAAUUGUAUUUUACCCAAAUUUGACUUUUGAGGAAACUGACAUUAAAAUUUUACUGAAAUUUAUUUCCCAAAUUUCGGUAGCUCCUAAUUGAUGACAACUUUGAGUAAUUUUUUUUAAAAUUCACGUAUCGGCGAAAUCUGACUUAGAAAAAAUUUAGCUGUUGAAAUAUAAUACAAGAUUUUAUCUACUUCAUGCCACCAAAAAAAACUUCCAUAAAUCUAUCACAUUUAAAUACAUAAAUAUAUAUAUUACACUAAAUCUUUUUUAAAAAUUACUCUUACUAAUUACAUAUCUAUGACUCUUUAAAUAUGCUACAUAAAUACAACAUAUAUACUUGUUGAUAAUUAAUAAUUAAAGUCACAAUGUAAGUCCGAAUUUAUCUAGUAUCAUUGGACAAUCCUCGUAACAAGCAAUGCCGACAAUAAUUCAUAAAAUUUAUGUAAUGAUUCACUAAUUUAAAAAAACUUGUUAACCCUUUAUACGAUAGAUAGGAUAUUUUUGUAACAACCCGUUUGUGAAUAUUUUUAUUUAAAUAAUUAUCUUUCGCAUGUUAUAUAAUAAUUAAAAUAAAUUGAAGUUACUAGAUGUCUGUUAAGAAAUAAUUAAGAAAAUAAUUACGAAUCUUUGUAGUAAAAAAAAAAAGCCCAUAAUACACUUGGUCACAAUUUAAACAAAUUACUGUUGAAAUAAAUCGAUGUCACAAUUCAUUAUUACAAUAAAUGUUUAAUAAAAUUA